AUGGCGACGGGGGAUGAAGAACCAGCGGAAGACCUGGCCCCCGUGCGCUUGGAGGCGCUGACCAUCUCGACCUCAGGCAACGAGCCUCUCCCGCCGGCGACCGCUCAGGAUGCUCCCCGAGUCAGGCUGCGCACCCCUGGGCUCACGACUGCCUGUGUCGUUCACGCAGUGCUGCGGGUCGAGGAGGAGCGGCUUUUAGUGCACCGUGUGCUACAAUUCUACGGUCUGGAGACGUCAACCAUUGAGGAGGGUGCACAGCAAGGGAAGAUCAUGGGCAGAAGAACUUCGAGGACCGGACUGCCUCUGAUGAAGCUUGCAGACGCCGUGCGUGUGACUCCGCGGACCAGAAGUGGUGGCUCUGAUGCAUCGAGGGUGCUUCGAAAGAAAACCUCCAUGGGUUCUAGAGGCUCUGCAGACAGCGAUCCUGGCAGAGGCCCCGCUGCCAGCAGCAGCAAGGAGAGCUUGGACUCCAGCAGUGCUGCCCUUGAAGGCGCUGAAGCAGCGAGGGCUUCCAGGACAGAGGGCUCCAAAUGGGACAGCGGGAACUUUGAAGGAGCAGGCCCCGGCAGCGUCAAAGGCAAGGCACAGUCUGGCAAAGGGCCUCUUGGCUUGGAGACACGGCCACAGCUGGAGCGCCAGCAGGAGUUCCAGAGGGCCAAGGCACGCGCAUUUCCCACGGAGGGCCCAUCUCUGGAGAGGCGCGCCAGCGGCCACCACUCCAGCACAAGCGGAAGCCCAGGCGUUGCAGGCAGUGGCGGGCCUUUGUCGAGGAGCCUGGCGCGCGAAAUUGCAGGGCCAGCCCAGCAACGGAAGGGACCGGGGCCGCAGGACAGCGGCGCCGGCUCGAGCUGGAAGAAGGGCCUGUUGCGCGGCUGGGAGGAGGCGUUGCCUGGCCCAGACUUCCAGCGGGAGGCUCUGCAGCAGUUUGGACCUGGGCCCGGCGAGCAGGGCAUGGCACACCCUUCCGUGCAGCGUACCUUCUCCUCAGAGUUCCCCUACCUGGGAGCGGGGGGUCAGCCGCCGCCGCCGCCGGGGGCCGGCAGGGGGCCGCGCGUGGCGCCGCUGUCGGACCCGGGAUCGCCCAGCGCAUCGGCGUCGGCUCGCUCGUCCCGGGGGCAGCAGCCGCAGGCGCAGGUGAUGGUGCCCAUGCAGCUGCCGCUGCCGCCGGAGCAGCAGCAGUCCGGCCGGUUCCUGCCCGUCGGCAACGUCGCCCCGCUGCCCGGCUACGGGCAUCCUAUGCAGAUACCCCCCGGCUACGCCUUUGUGCCCUCUCAGCCCCAGAUGCCGGGGAUGCCCAUCUACGGCCAGGGGCACCUGGUGCCGAUUGGCAACAUGGCGAUGCAGCCGCCCUACGGCUACAUGGCGGCUGCGCCGCAGCCGGGACAGGGCAUGGAGGGAACCCCCAUGCCCAUGCUUCACAUAAGCCACGCACGCCCCACGAUGCCCAUGUAUGCCGACUACCACUCUGCCGGCAGCUACCAAGGCCCUCAGGGCUAUGGCAUGCCCCUGCACGCAGUCAUGCAGGGCCCCCAGCAGCCGCAGCUGCAGCAGGCGCAGUACGCGCAGCUGCAGCAGCCCAUGCUGCAGCAGCCGGGCCUGCAGUCCUACCAGCCGCAGUUUGCCACAGCUCGGGCAUCGGGGCUGCCCUCGCAGGCGUCGCUGGAUUCGCACAAGUCCCACCAGUCGAGCCAGCACCAGAGCGACCCGGAGCAGUGA